GGAGCGGCGUUAGGCCAGCGAGCUCCGCGCCUGCUCCGAGCCGGCCUCCGGACCCCCGAGGGCCGUCCGGGCCAUGUAUCCGCCCCCCGCGCCGCGUGGGGACUGCUUCGCGCUGAGGGUGAGCCCCGGCCGCAGCUCUGAGCGCGGCAGCGGCUGGCGGCGCCGCUCGAAAUGGAAGCAGCUGUCCAGGUUUCAGCGGAACGCCAUCCUCUUCCUGCUGGCCUUUCUGAUGCUCUGUGGCCUCCUGACCUACGUCAGCACGUCUGACCAGUGGCCAGCCGAGAACAGGUCGGCGGAAGGGCAGAGGAUGAGACCAGCAAACCCACCGGUCCUGCCAGCCCCUCAGAAAGCAGACGCUCACCCAGAAACCUUCCCGGGGCUCUCACCGCAGCUUCCAAGGCAUUUCCGACGGGGACCACCCAACCUGCAGAUCAGAGCCCCCGACAGAACUUUCAAGGACAGGGGGCAGGAUGAGGCUGAGAGGAAGGCAGAGGCGGUGGACGAAAAGGGGCAGAGAACCAUCAGCUGGAGGGGAGCAGUGAUGGAGCCAGAGCAGGGCAGCGAGCUCCCUUCUAGGAAGGCAGAGGGCCCCCCCAGGCCUUCCCCGCAGGCCCUCGGGAUUCAGAACCCGCCAGCAUCCCCCAAGGAGCGCCAGAAGGCCGUGAUCGACGCCUUCCGCCACGCGUGGGCCGGGUACCGCAAGUUCGCCUGGGGCCACGACGAGCUGAGGCCCGUGUCCAGGUCCUUCAGUGAGUGGUUCGGCCUCGGCCUCACGCUGAUCGACGCCCUGGACACCAUGUGGAUCUUGGGUCUGAAGAAAGAUCCCCUCGGGCGGCUACUCCUCCAUCAGCAAUGUGCAGGACCCCAGCAAUCCCCAGCCCAGGGACAAGAUGGAGAGCUUCUUUCUGGGGGAGACGCUCAAGUACCUGUACCUGCUCUUCUCUGACGACCCAAACCUGCUCAGCCUGGACACCUACGUGUUCAACACCGAGGCUCACCCCCUGCCCAUCUGGGCCCCCGCCUAGGGCGGGACGACUCCCGAGUGGGCGCUGCCCACGGGCCCACACUUCCUGUCAUCAGGACCCUGACCCUGACCUUGGCUGUGCCAUGUCCGCCCAGCUGGCUGGACGUGCUCCAGGCCGGAUUGACGGCAGCGGCCUCGUGGGCGACAGGGCCGGGACGUGUUGGGGCCCCGUAGGUGCUCGGGGCGGCCGCUGGGCCCGGCUCCUCGCCUGGUUCUCAUCAGGACACCGUCAGGAACAGACAGGAGUAAAUGAGCGCUGUGAUUCGGGGAGGCCCUGCCCACCCGGGAACCUUCUUCCUUCUCCUGAGAGAAUCGAAUUCUGACUGCAUUCCUGAGGCCCGACUGUCCUCCUCCCGGCCGUGCAAGGGCUUUGUGGGUGUCCUGGGGCCUCUGUCACCCGGGGCUACUCUGCUCCCUGGAGCCCAGGAUGUGAUCAGAGGCCGGAGCCGAGGGGACAGCCGGGUGCAGCUCAGCCUGGGGUCUCAGAGCCUGUGGACACGCCCUGACCUGAGGGUCUGGGGGCAUCUGUGACCUGGGGAUAUGGGCUCCUGGCUGGCUGUGGUGUUUACACGUUGGACUCAGGGAUCCUCCCACUGCCCUGCUCGGGCUGGAAGGGGCUGGGCAGGCAAGUCACCUGCUCCCAGGCCAGCCCAAUAGAUGGACUUUCAGUUGGGAUAAAAGUACAUUUGCUCUAACUGUGAUAUUUCCCAUGUUGGUAAGCAGAUCUCCAUUAUUGUGAAAUGUCUGGGUAUAGAAUGAGAGACUGGAGUUGCUGUCACAUCUCCAACUCUAGUCCUCUGAUAGUCAUAUUUCCAUCCAGGACAAUCUUGCUAUCUUCAGUCCUUAAGUUAAUUCCACCUACAGCUUUCCUUUUGUCAUGUCAGGUUACAUAUUUAGUUUUGGAAUAGGUGGUGGCAUCUUAUCCAGCUUACCACAAAACCAGACAGGAAAGGGGUGUAGCUAAUGAUGGAACAAAAGUUAAUGCAAUACGGAACUUAGGUAUAAUGGAAAGACCAGCAAAGCCAAAGAAGAGGGAAGGUUGUCAUCCACAAGGCAGAGUAGGCAGCUCCAAGCUUUCAUUCCCACAUAAACAUUUAAAAAAAAAAAUCAGAACCAUCAAAACCAUAUUUCAACAGCAGCAACAACAGAAUCACUGGGAAAAUUUAAAAAACAGGAAAGUAUGGUCCACUCAAAGGAACAAAAUAUUGAUAGCCACCAUCCCUGAAGAACUGCAGACAUCAGAAUUAUUACAAAAAGAUAUUAAGAGAACUCUCUUUACAAUGCUAACAAGAGCUCAAAGAAAACAUGCACAUGGAAGGAAAGGCAAUCAUAAAAAAUAACAUAUGAACAAAAUGAGAGUAUCAAUAAGGAGGAAUUAUUAAAAGGAAACAAAGUCUCAUACUGAAAAGUACAGUAACUAAAAUGAAAACUUCAUUAGGGGGCUCAGUAGCAGGUUUGAGCAGCCAGAAGAAAGAAUGAGCAAAGGUGGAGGCAGGACUAUUGAAACUAAUGUGAAGACAGAAAGAAAGAGUGGAGAACAGCGCACAGAGACCAGGGGACCUCUGGGAUCCUAUCCUAAGCAGGUCUCACGUGUGCAUUAUACUAGUCUCAGAGAAGAGAGAAGAGGGCAAAAAGAAUAUUUGAAAAAAUAUUGUUUAAAACGCCUCCAAUUUGAUGAAAGAUAUGAACCUAUAAAUUCAAGAAGCUCAAUGAUUUCCAAGUAGGAUCAACUCAAAGAGACCCACACCAAGAUACUUUAAUAAUCAAAUUGUUGAAAGACAGACAGAAUCUUGAAAAUAGCACGGGAGAAUUACUUGUUAUGUACAAGCAGUCUUCAGUAAGAUAACAUAAUUUCUCACCAAAAAACGAUAGAAGCCAGAAGACAAUGGAAUGAUAUACAUAAACUGAUAGGGGGAAAAGUUGUCAGCAAAGAAUUCUCUAUCUGGCCAAAAUGACCUUCAAAAAUGUGGGAGAAUUUGAGGCAUUCCCAGAUAAACAAAAGCUGAGAGUUUGUUGCCACCAGAUCUGCCCUGCCAGAAAUGCUAAACGGAGUCCUUCAGAUUGAGAUAAGAGGACCUGAGACAGCACCUCGAAGACAUGGGGAGACAUUAAGAUCUCUGUUAAAGGGAAAUCCAUGGGUAAGUGGAAGCACUAGUAGUAUUGUAUUUUUGGUUGUGACUCAACUUUUUAUUUACUACCAGACUUCAAAGACAAAUGCAUAACAAUGAUUACAAAUGUAUGUCAUUCUGCGUGUAAUGUACAAACAAGUAAUAUGUGAUGGCAGUAACACAAAGAGGAAAGGAUGAAGCUGUUUAGAAGCAUAGUUUAUGUAUGUUAUUGAGGGAAGUCGUCCAUUGAAGUAGAUUAUUAUAAAUUUACAAUGCUAAAUGUAAUCUCCAUGGUAACCCAGAGGAAAAAUAUGUAGAAGCUGUGUACAAAAGAAUCUACAAGAAAGCUACCAGGGCUAAUAAAUUCAGGAAAGUGGCAAGGUACUGGAUCAACCAACAAAAUCAGUCCUGUUCCUAUGCACCUGCAAUGACCAAUCCAAAAGGAAGUUAAGAAAGCAAUUCCAUUUAAAAUAGCAUCUAAAAGAAUAAAAUGACCAGAAAUAAA